AUGUGCACGCGCAUUCAUUAUUGUAACCGGAAAUGGAUGGAUUCGUCGUCAGCUCGAAGGAUGCUGGAAGAAUGUGAGCAGUAUGAUGACUCACUUCAUUUGAUCAAGAAGGAUCCUGUCCAUGAGGAUGAGAUCUGACGUUCUGCGCUGGAUAAUAUAGAAGAAUGAAAAGCAACCUUUGUCACUAAAAAAAAACAUACAAAUGAUAUGACCCUUCUCCUCGCAUCGCUCACCACACUCAUCUAAUAAAGAGUUAAUUGUGAGCCGUCUACAGAAAGUCAUUUUGUAUUACAUCAUCAAAAGCAUGGUGGACAACCGCUAUGCCACGGCUCUGGUCAUCGGCUCCGUGCUGAGCCUGCUCGCCACCGUCUAUCUCUCUGUUGCGAUGGGAACGCAGCACUGGUUCCAGUACCACAGCCAACCGGCCAGCAAUGACGCCAACAAUGGCUCGGACCUGCAGACGCUGCGUCAGGACUUUGAAGCAGAGGACGUGGAUGAGCAGAUCUACAGCACCGCUCUCUUCCGGCUCAAUGGCACGCUGGGUCUCUGGUGGCGCUGCAUUCUGGUGCCCCAGCACUCGCACUGGUUUAAAGAGCCUGAUCCAGUAAUGGUGACUAAAUGUCAGGCCUUUACUUUGCCACAGCAGUGGGAACCCAAGUACAAAUCUCCUGGAAAUAUUAACAGCGGAGAAGAUCUGCUGCGUACCUACCUGUGGAAGUGUCAGUUCCUGUUGCCGCUGGUCUCCGUGGGGCUGGUGUUUCUCGCGGCGUUGGUCGGGGUGUGCGCCUGUCUUUGCCGCAGUAUCACUCCCACACUGUUUGUAGGGCUGCUGCAUCUGCUGGCCGGCCUGUGUUCCAUAGCCACUGUAUGCUGUUUCCUUGCGGGGAUGCAUUUGAUACACGAAAUAUCCGAGCUGCCCGAGGGUAUGGACUAUUCUCCGGGCUGGUCCUUGUUUUUGGCCCUGGUCUCGUCACCGCUGCAGAUCAUGGCUGCUGCGCUCUUCAUAUGGGCUGCGAGGAGCCAGCGCCAACACUACACUCGAAUGACAGCCUACAGGGUUGCCUAAGCAAUAGAGGACUGACUAUAGAGCCACCGAAGCGAUCGUCCGCUCUCAUAGAAAGCACACAGCCACGUUUCUUCAGCAGCUGCUUUUACCACUAACCAAGCUAAAAUUAUGAAGGAAACAGCCAGAAUACACGAGUUAGUAGAUUAACUAAUGCCCCCACCCAUAACACUCUCCUGUGAAUAUAUUCAUUCCUUGAAGGAUCUUACUACUAUAUAACUUUUCAACUACUCUAGUCUGUUAGCAUCUGUGCUCACCCGCAGCCAAUCAGACUCUAGCUCAACAGAAAAGCAUCUAUAAACACUAAACUGUAGUUAUUCAGGGCUUCACCUUAGUCACACUUUAACCGCUGACCUAAACUAAUUUCAACGAGUUAGGUUUAGUUUCAUCUUCUCUUUUGUUUUAAGUAACACCUCUGUGUGUUUUUUAGCCUGUGUUGUAGCUACUCGGUUACAUCUUGAUGUGAUUGCAUUUUAGCGCGUAGCAAUCCCAAGAUGCAAUAGGGUUUUGUCUCGGCUUGAAAGACUGAAUGUUUGUAUCCGUCAUAAUCAUUAACCACUUGAGCCUUUUGUGUUUUCCUGAUCAUUUUGUUUGCUUAUUUAUAAUUUUUGGUUUUCCUCUGUUGUUUACAAUAUGGUUUCUCUUUGAGAAUGUAAUCUUUAUGUAGUUUACACUUGAUUAGUAACUUUGUUUAGAAUCCAGUAUUUUGUGGUUGUUUAUACUUAUUUUUGUUUCAUAUAAAACAUUUAGCUGGUGCACGUUAUGUGAUUUUUUUCCAACAUGCUGUUUUUGUUAUACUUUGCAAACUGACACUCAUAAUAUUGGUGAAAAUAAUGCAACAGCUUAAUGUCAAAUGUUAUGGACAUCCAGUUACUGCUGUCAUUCUUCACAUAUGUCAUGAUGUAAAAAUCUGAUGACGUGGCGUCCGUUUGAGAUUUUACUCAAGAUUUCACUGAGAUUGUAUAUUGUGCAAAAAUUGUACCAGUGGUAAAAAUCAUCACUGUGCACAUCUAGCUUCACUUUAUUCAUUGUGUCAUGUGGUUUAUUCCGUGUGUUGUAGUAUUUUGAGAUCAUAUUUUGUUCAAGUGAAUGUGCUUUUUAUUUUGUCUUUUAUUCCGAGCCACUGAGAGGCUCAAUUUUGUUAAAGCAAUCAGGCGAGAGCAACAUAUGAGCAAUACAGUCAAGAGGAUACCUCACACUCCACAGCCCACUGUGACAUCAUCACGAUGGUGUCUGAAAUACUUUAGAUGGUUUCGCCUUUUUUAUACAGUUUUGUACACGUUGCUGUCAAGUGAACAUUUUGCUGGUCACAAUAAAUAUCUUUUCAUCCAGAA